UGCUGGGGACCAGCCGGCAGCUCCGGGAUAAUCAGCCCCCCUCCUCCCCCCAGAGCCCUGGAUUCCUAAGCGUCCCUGUGCAGAGAGUUAUAAAUAAGCAGGCUCCCCCCGCCCACCCCCCUGCGAAGGAGUCCCGGCCAUGUGCUCUGGCUGCGAGGGGCAGAGGCGGGUCGGCUGCAAGGGUUAAUCGCCCGGAGCUACCAAGAGGAACGUGUUUCCCCCACGGGCCCGUGGCAGGGGAGCCCCGCGCACGGGUCUCCGCGGCGCACUCCCCUCUCCCGAGUGUGUGGCACCCUGGGACGCUGGUGACGUCAGAAGGAGCCGGGGGAAUCUCCUGGAGAAAACCCCAAAGCCCCCGGCCGGGGAGCUCACAGCUCGGUGCUGGGCCCCGGGGCAAGGAGCGCGGCGAGCCGAGGCUACCAGCUCUCCACGGGAGCCCCGGGCAGCUCCCAGCUCGGCGCGCGCCAGCUCUGCACCGGAGCCCCGGGCAGGAGGCUGAGACCCGAAGCCAGACCCUCUCUGCGGCCCCCUCCCAAAGGCUCCCCCGGCACCGGAGUGCACCGGGGGCAGGACAGGAGCGCUCAGAGCUCGGGGCACAUGGACCCUCGCCCUCCCGGAGCGCGCUGAGCUGUCGCUGCUCCGGAGCAGAAGCAAAACUCAGCCCAGGAUACCCGUCCCGAGCCGAGGCGGCCCCUAGCCCUUCUCCCUGGGAUUGUACCGGGUGCCUAAGGAGCGAUCCCAGCCCUGCCAGCCGCGUCGCCCGGGAGCGGCUCACAGAUUUUAUUAUGGAAUUGAGUCUUUCCAAGAAUAUACCUUCCUAUGUGGAUUUAGGUGGGAUGAAUUUGGAAAGACUGCCAGAGAGUUUAAGACCCCAGCCUUCCCAUGACAUGGCUUCCAGCUUCCAUUUGCAAAGAUCUUCUGAAUCCAGAGAUCCGAUUGAGAAUUCAGCCAGUGAAUCGUCAGAUACAGAAGUCCCAGAAAAAGACCGGAGCGGCGAACAGAAGAGCGAAGAUGGAAACCCGGACGAUCCGGCGAAGAAAAAGAAACAGAGGCGGCAAAGAACUCACUUCACCAGCCAGCAGCUGCAGGAGCUGGAAGCCACUUUCCAGAGGAACCGCUACCCGGACAUGAGCAUGAGAGAGGAGAUUGCUGUGUGGACCAAUCUCACCGAGCCCAGAGUCAGGGUCUGGUUCAAAAACCGCCGAGCCAAGUGGAGAAAGCGGGAGCGCAACCAGCAGAUGGACCUGUGCAAGAACGGCUACGUGCCCCAGUUCAGCGGCCUCAUGCAGCCCUACGAUGACAUGUACGCCGGCUAUCCCUACAACAACUGGGCCACCAAGAGCCUGACCCCGGCGCCGCUCUCCACCAAGAGCUUCACCUUCUUCAACUCCAUGAGCCCCCUGUCCUCGCAGUCCAUGUUCUCCGCCCCCAGCACCAUCUCCUCCAUGAGCAUGCCCUCCAGCAUGGGCCACUCGGCCGUGCCCGGCAUGGCCAACGCCAACCUCAACAACAUCAACAACCUCAGCAACAUCAGCGGCUCCUCCCUCAACUCCGCCAUGUCCUCCCCCGCCUGCCCCUACGGGCCGCCGGGCUCGCCCUACAGCGUGUACAGAGACACUUGCAACUCCAGCUUGGCCAGUCUCAGACUGAAAUCCAAGCAGCACUCCACUUUCGGGUACAGCAGUUUGCAAAGCCCAGGAUCUAGUCUAAACGCCUGUCAGUACAACAGCUGACGGACUAAGGAGGGCCCAAGCAGCGUGAGAGAGGAAGCUCUGAGGGCUUGAUAACAAACAAAACAAACACGGACCAGAAAUCUUUUGCAAGAGACGCCAAAAUCUAAUACACGGAUGAGUUGCAAUUUUCCUCUGGAUUAUGCGGGUUGUAUGUGUUUACUUGAACUUGCACAGGAGUUUCUAAAGCGUCCACUUUAUUAUAGAGCUGAAGAGUGGAAGGGGAAGCCGGGGGUGGAUGGAUGGUGGUAAAGGCUGGGGUUGUGCUGCCCAGUUUGUGGUAGGGGAAGAGGUUUGGUUAAUGUUUACCACUGACAAAAAAAAAAAGUUACGUGCAGAAUAAAUUCUGCGGGAAUAUGGUUAAAAUAUUAGGUAUGAAACUAUUAAAAAAAACUUAAAGACAAGGUUCAACCACUUAACUAAGGUUCUAUUUAUAUCUGCCGUUACAUUGUGCCAGAUCAUUGUGCUUGGCCGUUGAAUAAAAUGUUUUUAAAAUGCAUGAUUCUUGAUGUUUUUUCUUUAGUUGAAAGCUAUGAUCCAGUCAUUCCUAGGACUAAGCAAGCUACAGGUGCCUACCUCUCUAGCCUUUCCAAAGGACUGCAGUAUCGCCUUUUCUGAGAAGAGCACAAAAAAGAAACUGGGCAGCCUUUUCUCCAUCCAAAAUCUUAGCCUGAUAAUGAAAUUAUCAGUCAUCUUUACUUAAAAAGUGUUUUUUCCUUAAAAAAAUUUUAAAAAAACUUCUAGAGAGUCUAGAAAAAAAACACUAAGGACAAAAAAUGGACUGUCAUUAAGUGAAUCCGGAUACUGCAUCUCUACUAAAGAAACCGAGCGAGUCUCGAAUGAUGAAAGGUUGCUUAGCAAUUCUGAAAAGUGACUUGUUUUUCUAGAUGUGAAGGAAAAACAAGGAACCAAAAAUAAUCUUAAGGUGUUAUGAUGUAAAUGUAGAUGCUUGUUGGCAAAAAAAAAGGAAAUGAUAACUAUGAUCUUUUAAAUAUUAAUACGCAUACAAAACGCAUAUGAAGUUUAAUUGCAUAGUUGUUGCUUAUUUUUGUCGAUACUUAUUACCUGUAGAUGACAAAGAAACAUAAUAUAAAAUGCACAAGGUAUGUCCUUUCCCAGUGUAUUUCACAUCUGUGGUAAACGUAACGCUGGAUGUUUCAAUAAUGCUGUUGUGGAUAAGGAUGCAGUAUAUAUUGUUUUAUAAGUUAUGUUUUGUGAUUAUUUUUUUUUCAAAAUUAAAAGCAUGGGAAUAAAAAACAAACUCUAGCAAUGCUUUUAAUGUUCUUUUCUGGCUAUAUUUAUGAUAUAUCUCAACUUAUAAUAAUAAUAAUAAUAAAAAACCUUAUAGUUUAUUCGAAAUUCAACAUCCAACAUUACCAUUCCGGGGAGUUGGCUUUUAUUAAGAAUCAUUAAAUUUUCGAGAAAUGUAAA